AUGGAUUCGCCAGACGCGACAAAUUCGAACAGCAAGGAGAUACUAGAGAGGACCGCAACACACGAAUCGUACACCUUCCAAGGCGCGAGAGGAUGGCGGAGAUGGCGCAUUCUCCAACCUGGUCGCGGCAUGUAUCACGAUGUCAAGAGGAGACUACCUUAUUACUGGAGCGACAUAACCGAUGCGCUCACGUACAGGGCUUUCGCCAGUACAGUUCGCAUGUACUUCGUAAACGUAUUACCUGCCAUUGCGUUCACGCUCGACAUGUACCGUCGAACGGGCGGGUUCUUUGGCAUCAAUGAAGCCCUCUUUUCGUCCGCAUUAGCAGCCAUGGUGUUUAGUUUGCUCGCGUGCCAACCCCUCACCAUCGUAGGAGUCACUGGUCUGAUCGCGCUCUUCAACUACACCAUCUACGACAUUGUUACCCAAUAUGACCCUUCCAUUUAUCCAGCAUUUACCGCCUGGGUUGGAAUUUGGGCUGCCAUCUUUCAUUGGAUCGUAGCCUUCGGAAACUUCAGCGACUACAUGGCCUAUGUCACUGACUUCUCGAGUGAGACGUUCGGCAUGUAUGUUGGAAUUAUCUACUGUGUUAAGGGUGUUGAGGAGCUAGUAUAUCUGUUCCAAGAAUCCGGGUUUGACGGUGGCUACCUCUCCAUCGUCAUUGCGAUAUGUUACUUCGGCUCUGUCUACGGCCUCGAGAAGCUUGGUAACAGUACGGUGUUUACCCCAGGCAUUCGUAGCAUUAUCGCCGAUUACUCCUUCGUCUUCCCUACCCUGUUUUGGGUCGGUUUCUCGCAUAUUCCUGGACGUCUGGAGGAGACUGGGCUAUACCGAGUGCCUAUCGGCAAGGCCUUUGCACCGACGCAGGAUAGAAACUGGGUAAUCGACUUCUGGAAUCUUGACGUCAAGUGGGUAUUUGUGGCUUUGCCAUUUGGCUUCUUGAUGAUGCUGUUGUUCUACUACGACCACAAUGUGUCAUCACUCACAGCACAGGCCCGCCAGUACCCUCUCAAAAAGCCCGCUGGUUUUCACUGGGACUUCUUCCUUCUCGGCUGCACAUGCUUUGUUGGUGGCGUCAUCGGCCUUCCACUUCCCAACGGCCUGGUUCCGCAAGCACCCGUACACACAGACUCUUUGACCGUUUACGAAACUAGGCUGGAGAUCACCAAAACGGAAGACGGUGGUGAGAUCCGCAAGCCAUUUGUCAAGGCUACUGCUGUUGUCGAGCAGCGUAUCAGUCAUUUCUUGAUGGGUAUGGCCAUCUGGGGUACCAUGACCGGUCCCUUACUUAUCGUACUACACACUAUGCCCGCAGCAGUCUUUGCUGGCGUGUUCUUCGUCGUCGGUUGGGGCUCCAUAGAAUCCAACGGCAUUGUCAGCAAGGCGCUCUACCUCGUGUCAGAGAAACGCUUUAUCCAGCGCGAUAACCCGCUCAACCGCGUCUCACGCAACAAGAUUCGGCUUUUCAUCGGUCUUCAGAUUCUUGGUGUCGCAUGCACAGUCGCCAUUUCGCAAACCAUCGCCGCUAUCGGCUUUCCGGUCCUCAUCAUCGCCCUCAUCCCGCUACGCACAUUCUUGAUGCCGAAAUGGUUCACAGCACACGAGUUGGACGUAUUGGACGCCCUGACGGCAGACAACCCGUCUGUAUUGGUCAGCUUUGGCGGAACACCGAGUGGCAUGCAGGCUGGAGGUCCUAUGGAGGGCGGUGCUGGUGGUCCCCGAGACGAGGAAGAGGCUGCGCACCCGCACUCUGCCAUGCGUCAACGGGCAGGUAGUCUUCACCGAGAGGACUAG